AUGGCAAUUUUGUUUAGUUUUUCACCAUGGGCAGAUAUUGGAAAUGAUCAACCAGCAUAUAAACUUGCAAGAUUAAUGGAUAAAUGUUUAUGGUUUGAAAAUGAAAAUGGUGGGUUAGGUAUACCAAUUAGUUGGGCAAUGAGUGGUCAAACAAUGGAAGCAAUAUGUAGAGUUGACCCAUCAAUUGCAGGUUCAAUUAGAGUUAGAACUUUAAAUAAAGGUGUAUUCACUUCAUGGGAUCAAUCUGAAAUCAUUGGUUCAACUUUUCAUGCAUCUAGUUUAGUUCAACCAUGUUUAGAUGAUCAUUAUCAAGAAGCAUAUAUAAAUGGAUUUGUUAAAGAAGAUAUUAAACAUACGAAUGAAGUGAUGUGGAAAUUAUUUGAAAGAUCACCAAAAGGAUUUUGUCCAAGUGAAAAAGUAUUUAGUAUUCAAUGUAGUAGAUCUGUAGUAGAGGAAGGAUACGAAUAUUGUAUUAUAGGUGGCGAAUCAUUUGGUAGUGAUUUUCAUGCACAGAAUAAUAAAGGUGGUGUAUUUCAACUAGAGAAUGGUUUAAAGGUAUUACCAACAGUGAAUGAAAUCUUACCAAAUGAUUUUCACAAAUAUCAUAAAGCAGAGUUAUUAAUCGAUGAAAUUAUAAACUACUGUCGUAGAAAUCAUAUUGGUAGAGUGGUUUUAUCAGCAGAUGUUGAUUUUUGGUUAGAAGGUGAUGAUUGGGAGACUGCAGUAGAGAAUGGUUUCAAUCGAAUCAAAUGGAUGUAUUUAAAAUGUAAAGAAAGGGAAAACGAAAUUAGAAUGGUAAAUACUCAUGCACUAAUAGAAUCAUCUUGGCAACAAGGUUAUUCAGGUUUAAAUAGUUUAAUUAGAUUCUAUGAAUCAAUUGGUAUACCUGAUCCAUAUCGUUUCAUCUCAAGUUGGACUAAUCCAAAGGGUAAUUUAGAUUUCGUAGAUUGGUCACGUUCUGAUAAAGCUGCUCAAUUCAUCAAAGCUCACACCGAUAAAUACUUACGAGGUAUCAAUCAUCAACAAUGGGUUGAUGGUGAUAAACUUCAAUCUUCAAAACAAAUGUGGUUAAAUAUCUCUGGUACUGUAUUUUAUGAUGAUAGACCUGAAUGGAGAGAUUUCAUGACAGAUUGUUUUAACGAAAAUUUAGAAAAGGCUUGGAAUUUAUUAAAUGAUUCUUAA